UCUAGCUCUAGAAGGUCUUAAAUGAGAAAACUCUGAAAGACAGGUGCCAUUUUUAAAUUAAUAAGUUAUAUCUUGGUGUGGAAACAAGAGAGAGAAAGAAAGAAAGAAAGAAAGAAAGAAAGAAAGAAAGAAAGAAAGAAAGAAAGAAAGGUAUUUUUGCAAGAUUCAUUAUGCUUUUAAGUAAGGGGAUCUUAAAAUCAAUAUGAAAUUAACAAUUCAUAUUUAAAUACAAAAGGGUUAAAAAAUAUUCAGUAGCAGAUUUCAUAUGCUUAUUUUUUACUGCCAAAUGUUCAACAGUUGGAAUUGACUUUGUGUGCGUGUGUGUGUAGAAAUUCCAUACAAUCUUUGAUUCUAAAUUCUGAGAUAAUUUAGCUAUCAUUGGCUAGAUUCGAUUUAUGUAGCUAAUUAUUACAUUCAUAAUUGACAAAAGAAAAGGGGAGGUUUUAAUUUUGCUCAUCUUAUCAUGGAGGUCACGGAGCUUUUCAUCUUCAAAAACGUUAAUGCUUUAUUUCCCAGAAGGGAGUGCCUUUGUGGCUCUCAAUGAAAUCUUGUCUGCAGUGCAAUUGGCAAAUUAAUGCAAGUAAUAGCGAGUUAAAUUCCCAUCAAUCUAGAAAUUGAAAAUGAUUAGGUCCAAUUCAUUUGCUUCUCUGUUUCCUUGUGUUUUCUUCAUGGAGCAAAAGACAAUAUACAGGAGUUUCCUGGGUGGUCUCCCAUUCAGUUGCUGAUCAGACCAGAAUCAGCGUAGUUUCUACAAAAUUGCUGUCUUCAGGCAGCAAUGGAAUUUAGUUCCAUGGAAGUCUAUACCUGUAGAAACAUGCAAGAUUUACAACCUGCAAACAUGGAUGUUAUCAAAUCUGUGGCUUGAUAAAUAGGUAUGCUCUUCAGAAAAUGGGGCCCAACUCUUCAUUGUGUUUAAAGGAAUGUAAUAUUUCUGUGGAUGUGGUUUCCAUUAGGGCUGGCCCACCCAUAAGGCAAGGUGAGGCAUCCGACUCAGGUGGCAGGAUCCAUAGGGCCAGCAGAUUUUGCUGCUGCUGCUGCCGCCAUAGUAGCAGUGACUGUUCCAGCACUGUAGACUGGGUCUGCCUUCUCUUCUGCAGCACCCCCUCAUGCCACCUGUACAGCAUCCUCUUGGCAAAUAGGAGGCACUGCUGGUCUCCUCCCAACCUUGUUCCCAAUGUAGAUCUUUAUUCCCCACUUGCUCCUGAUGUGGCUCUUCACGUACCCCUUCUUCCCUGGUGGGGAGAACACCAUUUUGCAGUUUUGCCUGGAUACCACAGACAGCUUGCAGAACCCAUGGCCAGGAGCAGAUUUUGGUAAUCUUUGGUAAUAUGGCACCCUGAGUGAGGCUAAAAUUUCAUGCCCCCAGUGCAUCUUCUCAGUUAUGGAUCUUUUCAACUUAGCGCCCCAUUGGCUCGGCUUCCUGUGUAGGGGAACGUCAAGGCUCCAGGAAAGCUAUUCCUCCCCUGGUUGUAGCAAGAGCGGAGGAAACAAAGUAGAGUCCUUUUUAAUGAGUUUUAUUCAAUCCUAAUAGCGAGAGACAAAAGAACGCAACAAACCUUAACAAUGGCAUUGCUCCAAACUGAGCUCCUCCUUCCUAGCAACAGCAUCUCCCCUUACGGUGGCCACUUGUGAUCAAAUGUCUUUGAGUCCUUUGUUCCUGUACAGUGGUACCUCAGGUUAAGAACUUAAUUCAUUCUGGAGGUCCGUUCUUAACCUGAGGUACCACUUUAGCUAAUGGGGCCUCCCGCUGCUGCCACCGCUGCACAAUUUCUGUUCUCAUCCUGAAGCAAAUUUCUUAACCCAAGGUAAUAUUUCUGGGUUAGCAGAGUUUGUAACCUGAAGCAUCUGUAACCUGAAGUGUCUGUAACCCGAGGUACCACUGUACUCUUAACGAACACCACGUUCUGGGAGAAGGGGGAUCAGAAAUACAGUGGUACCUUGGGUUACAUACGCUUCAGGUUACAGACUCCACUAACCCAGAAAUAGGACCUCGGGUUAAGAACUUUGCUUCAGGAUGAGAACAGAAAUCGUGCUCCGGCGGUGCGGCAGCAGCAGGAGGCCCCAUUAGCUAAAGUGGUGCUUCAGGUUAAGAACAGUUUCAGGUUAAGAACGGACCUCCAGAACGAAUUAAGUACUUAACCCGAGGUACCACUGUACUCUUCAGUGACAACGUGUCAUCUGCCUGCCCUGCCGUGGUUCUCCCAUUCUUCUAACACUUCCCAACUUUUCUGUUCGUCUCUCUAUGAGCUGUGACUUUCCUCAAACCCCUCAAAGCUCUGCUGUAUAUCAAAGCUGUCUCCCUCUUCUCCUGCAACAUCAGGAGAAAGGGGGGUUGGUUUCCACCAUUCCUCCUCCUCCAUCUUGCCCGCUUGAGUCCAAUCCCUGAUAGGGAACUGCUUGAAUCCAAUGCUGCCAUGGCUCCAGAUAACUCCUAGAUUAUGCAGUUCCAGCAUAUGCCUACAUAAUCCUUCCACCUCCUUUGAAACCAAAUGGGAAGCUAGGAAGCUCCUAUAACCAAAUGGUCUUUCCAAGUAUCAUUGCUUCGUGUUGACGCCUCUGUGUGCCAUUGGCAGAAAUAUCUGCAGUACUGGGUGAAAUAUACAGCUCGCAUUGAUGGUACACAAACAUAAAUAAUGUUAUACUCCAUUUGAACAGCUUCAGAGUUUGCACGCACCAGCAAGGAUUGUGGAGUUGUUAAGGUUUACUCAGGCUUUCCUUGAAUCUGUUUACACAGCUAGAGCAUCCCAGGCAAUUGUACAGCCUGUCCUAUUCAUGCUUAAUGAAAUGUAAGUCUCUAUUUAAUAGUGAUGACAUCUAAGUGAGGAUUUUUAUGACUGUAUCCUUAUUGCACUAUUCCAGGGGUCAGCAAACUUUUUCAGCAGGGGGCCGAUCCACUGUCCCUCAGACUUUGCAGGGGGCCGGACUAUAUUUAGAGGGGGGGGGAUGAACAAAUUCCUAUGCCCCACAAAUAACGCAGAGAUGCAUUUUAAAUAAAAGGACACAUUCUACUCAUGUAAAAACACACUGAUUCCCGGACCGUCCGCGGGCCAGAUUUAUAAGGCAAUUGGGCUGGAUCCGGGCCCCGGGCCUUAGUUUGCCUACCCAUGCACUAUUCUCUAAUCAGAAGGAAAGCCCAUAUAAUCAAUAGGACUUGCUCCCACGUCAAUGAGUAUAGGAUUACAACCUUAGUCGCAUUCUUUGUUCACCAUCUUGGGUCAAUCUCAGGUCACCAUGUGCCUGCUAUGAGUUUUGAACUCUGUCUGAUGGCCUUGGUUACACUGUCAGGGUCACCUCUCCUGUGAUGGAGAGAGAAUAGGCAAGUGACCGUGUUCAAAAGAGGCAUUUUACUUUCUUUGAACUCAGUUUAGUUUGAUUCUGCAAGCAAAUCCAAGAUAGAAGCCAUUUAUCGUAAGUGUUUCUCAGUUUGGAAUAACACACUAUAGGAAACAAGUCCUCCAUUUCAAUGUUGGACUAAAACAAUAUUGGCCUGAAUCCAGCUUUAAUUUUAUUCAGCUAGUUGCAGAGACAACCACAUAUGGGGUGCACAACUUGCAUCCACAUUGCAGAAUGCACCCAGAAAAUUCAGUAUGCCCCAGAUGAGCAUUGGGAUAUGGAUCCACAUCCAAGCAUUGAUUUGCAAGUAAAUCAGAUGUGCACAACAAAGACUGUGCAAGGAUCUGCCUUGCUAGAUUGUAGUGAUCAUUUUGUAAACCAGGGCUCAGCUAAAUUGGAAAAACAAAAAGAAGACAUUAUAUAUGCCUUAUAACAUUGUGACACCAGAUGGUGCAGUAGAGCUGAAAUUGAAACUUCAUGAAAUGUUCCAUUGUGAACUUUAAAACAGUUUUUUUCCAGAGCAUUUUAGAGUGUUUUUUAAUAGCUAUGUAGAUGCAGGCCCAAAGCUAUAGCAAAAAGGGGGGGAAAGUUAAAUAAAUACCAAUUUUCUAUUAUAUAUUACCCUAAAUCUUUCUCUUGAAUAAUGUCAGUAAAAAAGAAUUUAGCUAUUUUUCCUCUGGAAGAUUAGUAAUUUUUGUGGUUACUUGGAUUUGGGAACUUUUUAGCUGGUUUUUCUUUAUGCGCUUUUAAACUUUCUUUCAGAUGGCAUUUUACUUUCAAAUAUGCUUACUGUCCUUUUAAGUUUAGAUACAGAUUUUGAAUAUGCAUUGGGUCAUAAUGCAAUGUCAUUCUGCUGGCCAGAGGACAAAAUAGCUUGCCAGAGGACAAAAUAACAUGGCAAAGACAACAUAAUUUUGUGUUGCUCUAACUGGAGUUCCUUGUAUCUCAGCAAUCAAUCCUCUGAAAUGUUAGCCUAGUUUUCUCUGACCUAAUGCCAGAUUAGGUGAUCACUCUCACACAGGGACUGGAGUGAUCAGACAGAAAGCCAUAUGCAGUUUGCCUGUCUCUGGUAGGAAACUAUAUCAAACAGCAUGGUGUUCUUUGCUUAUUGUUUUCUUUAAAAAUGAUACUGCAGAUUUUAAAUAACAGGCUUUGCUAUCUGCUUUUCAAUCUGAAGUCUUUUUUAACUUCUAGCCACUGGGUGGAUACUGGGAAUAUGCUAAUGUUCUCUGCACAUCAACUCUUCAGUGUUUUCAUGCUAUAAAUAAAUAUAUGACAGGACGUUUGUUGGGAACGGUAUGUUUACACUCAACAAAACGGUGACAGUUUUCUCGUUGUCGAGUGACUAAUAUUCCUUGUUGAAAAAAUAUGAAAUUCUUAUUAAACUUGGGGCUAAAUAAAUUACAACAGCUUGUGUUGCUGAAAUUUCUCAUAACAUUCAGUUCUGCAACAUUUUGAAUGCCAUUUUGAAUGCUAAAAUAUAUGGGGGGCUUUCAAGUUUCUGGGACUUAAUUUUGCUGGAACACUAUAUCCAAUUAAUGUGUUAUACUGGCAGAUAUAGAGUUGAAGUGUUGAUAGUUUCUUGGCGAACAACUAUGUGAUUCUGUUUCCUUGCCUGUGGUUAUUCUCAGCAAUAACCAUGAUUGUAAGUAAUUGAAUAUUUCUUAAUCCAUUGAAAAAUGUGCUGUUCAAAUAUUCUGUAGGAAUUAGAGUUUAGCUUGUAUCUGUGCAUUUGGAUCAGGGAUGUAAACUGCUAUCAAUGUCAAUUAAUUACAAAUGCUAAUCAAAAUGACCAUGCCUGUAAUAGAUAGAUAAAGAUAUAGAUAUUAAAAAAGAAACAGAUGCAGAUAAGAAUAUAUUAUUUCGUCAAAUAGAUGAUGGAAAGUUUUGUGCAGACAUCUUGAGUUGCUGAAUUUGUGGGUGGUUUUGGUAUAGCAGUUUUAUUGCAAUUGUGGUGUUGGUAAAAUGGGGAGGAAGAGAAUCAGGUGUGACACCUUGAGCUCAUUUGAGGAAAGGUGGGAAUGUAAAUGAUGAUGAUGAUGCCCUUCAGUCAAGUGCUACAAUCCUAUUUAAUACAGGGCUUCACAUGAAUUCUGAAAUACACAUGGCGCUGCUGGGCAUGUGGGUUCCCCAUUCACAUCAAUGAAAGGAACGACCUGUGCAGGCAAAAAUAAUGUUUGAUCUUGUCUGACUACAUCAGUCGCUACAUCAGGGCAGCUAUACUGCAUCUCUUUCAGAUGGAUGAUGACUUGUGUGACUUAUCAUUCAUAUUAUUUCCUCUUUUUUGCUCACAUGAGUUCUUAUUUUUUGUGAGCUUCCUUGACCCAGUUUUUAAAGGAAAGGCUGGCUUAAAUAAAUAAAUGUGACAUAUUAAUGAUAAUAAUAAUGCUGAAGAAAGCACCUUGAUUAUUAAGAUAUAAUUCUUCCCUACAUCGUUUUGAAAAUAAACUCUGGAUAGAAUUUUAAUUUACUCAGAAUUUUCCCAAAGGGGAAAUGUAGUUUUAAAAAAACAAAAUGAGCAUAAACCCGAGUGAUGCUCCCACACAUUUUACCUAAUUUGAGGAAAUUUUUAAUGAAGUCUUUGGUUUUCUGUUUAUAGAACGGAGUGUUCUGAGAGUCAACAUAUUGCGAAGGUGGAAGCUUUAAAGCAGAAGGUACAGUUCUGUUGACACUGAAGACGCCUCGGGGUUGUGUGUGUGUACUCGAAAUCGCUGACAGCUCAAAUGGAUCGCAUGGAACUGCGAAAAGUCAACACAGACCUUGACGAGGAGAGCAACAGCGGCGACAGCACUGAAGACACCUAUACCGAUAUGGGAGAUCCAGAAAAGGCCACUAUUAGCAGGUACAAUUAAUUGCCAGAAUGAGAAGGUAAAAAAGGCAAGCCAACCCACUCGGUCGUUACUUGAGGAACACACAGUUCUAAGUGGGUCACACAUCACAAAAUUUAAUGAUAAUGUACACUGUUCUGCUUAGUAUAGUUGCAUUUAAUGAGUUAAGCAAGGCAUCUGUCUACAUUUUUGUAGGAAUUUGGCAUGUCUAGAUAGGCUUUCCUAAACAAAACUGCUUCUAGCAGGUGCCAGAAAUAGUGCGGUGAAGGCACCUGUCUGGGGUCAAUUGGCAGGGAGUUCCAAAGUUGUAGGUGCAGCCAUAAUAAAAGAAUGAUUUCAUACAAGGGGGAAAUGACUAUCUUGUGGCACUCGUACCAGUGCCAGUUCUGCAUUGCAGUUAUUGUAAUAUCGUUGAGAUUUCUAGAUAUUAUUGAAAGAUGCUUUGUGGAGAAGCUUUCUCAAAAAGUGGAGUAUACAUUUAUUAAAUAAAGGAAUACAGGUGUAAAGCCAAAGCCUGAAUUUUAAAGUGCAAAGACAUUUAUUUCUUCUUUCCUUGCUUAUUUGUUCAUUUGUUUUGUUUUUAGUCACUUUGUUGGUGAUGAUGCUGAAAGUCAGAAGUUCCUUACCAAUGGCUUUCUGGGCAAAAAGAAAUUGGAAAAUUAUACAGAUGAAUAUGUAAGUCCCUUAGUCACAGUUGAGUCGCAGCUGUGUCCUUGCAGAUGCACAACAUAACUAAUGGCACAUUUUCCUUGUUCUAUUCCAAUAGAAUCCAGGAGAUAUUUCAUUUGGAAUGUCAUCGUUUAACCUGAGCAAUGCCAUCAUGGGCAGUGGAAUCUUGGGGUUGUCCUAUGCCAUGGCCAACACUGGAAUCAUACUUUUUGUGUAGGUAUCCACAAUGUAGUUUGGGGAGGGAUGGUAGAGUCUUAGUUGGAGCUAUGAUAUCCUGAAAUAAGAAAUUAUUAUUGUGUGUGUGUGUGUGUGUGUGUUGGGUUGGGUCUAGACUUAGUCGUGUUCAGAGUAGACCUACUUUUGUUGCAAUAAUGCAAGGACAUUGGGAAAGCAUUGCAGAAUGACAAAUACAUCCACCACUAAUGUACUGAUAGUGGGUCAGGGACGUGGGUGGCGCUGUGGUCUAAACCACUGAGCCUCUUGGGCUUGUCGAUCAGAAGGUCGGUGGUUCGAAUCCACACGAUGGGGUGAGCACCCGUUGCUCUGUCCCAGCUUCUGCCAACCUAGCAGUUUGAAAGCACGCCAGUGCAAGUAGAUAAAUAGGUACCCUUGCGGCGGGAAGGUAAAUGGCGUUUCCGUGCGCUCUGAUUUCCAUCACAGUUGCACCAGAAGCGGUUCAGUCAUGCUGGCCACAUGACCUGGAAAGUUGUCUGUGGACAAACGCCGGCUCCCUCGGCCUGAAAGCGAGAUGAGCGCCAUAACCCCAUAGUCGCCUUUGACUAGACAACCGUCAUGGGGUCCUUUACCUUACUUUUGACCUACUUUUGUUGCAAUAAUGCAAGAACAUUGGGGAAGCAUUGCAGAACCACAAAUCACAUCCACCACUAAUGCACUAUUAGAGGGUCAAUGACACGUUGCAGAAUACAGCUGUCAAGAAACAAGGCAGGGGAGGAGUCUGGAAAGGCACAUGCACUGUAGCACAAUUCAGUACUGUUAUCAAUGCUGUGGUCACAUUCAAGACUGUGUCUCCCUCACUCAGGAUCCCAUAUCACACUUUGAGACGUGCCUUAGAUACUUAAUCCAAAAAUUUAUCUAAUGCAUUUAUUAUUGCUCAACUAUCCUGCCUAUAACUUGGCUAUAUUAAUUUAUAUUUGUUUAGGCAGUGGGGGGGGGGAGUCCAUCUCUUUCUCUGUGUUCCAUGACAUAGCAGCAACGUUGCAAUUCCAGCUGGGACAAAUAUGCCAAAGGAAUAAAUAACUCACCUAAUUUGUAUUUGUGGAAUCGAAGUGAUACUACCCCUACUGUGGAGACUGGAAGAGAAUGCUCUCUGUCCAUAUGGCACUAAAUCUGAAACUCUGUGAAUAGAAAUGUGUCUAUAGACGCGCUGCCCCCUAACAUCUGACCGUGCCAAAUGCUAACUGUGAUGGCAUGUAGCUGACAUACACUAUCCAUAUAGCAUAUGUUUUGACAGGCAACAGCAGAUGCGCCUGAGCAACUUUCAAACUAUAUAGCUAGACCUAUCAGUCUGGGAGACAUCUUCUUACAAAGCUUUCCGGAUCAGCAAAUGAUUUCAUUCCUUAAAACCUGUGUUGUGGAACUUUCCAAUUUGGAGAAAGGCUGAAUGAAAAGUUUAGAUCGUUGUCUUGCAUUAUUUAAAAAGAAAAGAAGGAACACUUUUGGUGUUCCUCAAAAAAGCAGAGACCUGAGGGAAGCACAUUGCUGCACUGGUAAAAGAAUAUAAAGCUUUUAAAUAUACUUGCUCUAUUCAGCAAUCUGUGGGUCAAACUGCAUGCUAUGUUAAAUAUAUUUUAGCAUUUAAUAUGCCAUAGUUUUAAGCAUCUUUUAUUCUGUGUUGGAUUUAGACUAGAUAAGAUAUAUUAAAAAACUCUUAGAAUACACUGAGGAAUGUUGUCUUUGUAGGCCUUUGGACCUUAUAGUCAAUGUCCUUCAAAAUGAAAGUUCUUUCCCCUUUACUGAACUUAAAAUACCACACCUGAAUUGAUGUCUCUACAAAGGAAUGGAUAACUUAUCUGUGUAGUUCAUUUUAUCCUUGCUCAUGGAUUUAUAACUUCUGUUCUUCCUCACAGAAUCCUGCUGCUCAGUGUAGCCAUAAUGUCUCUCUAUUCGGUUCACCUGUUGCUGAAGACAUCCAAGGAAGGAGGUAUGCCAUUCAUUAUCUCAGUGGUGGGAGAGUCAUUUGAGGAGACCACAUCCCAACCAGGCAGGUUUGGCACACUAAAGACAGAAAUAGCAAAGAACAAUGACCCAGAUCUCCUCAGGAACAAUGACAGUGUUGAAUGAAUAAUUUUAUUAUUACGGUCACAGACCAGUUCCAGCUCACUUACAAUAUCAGGAAAAUCAUAAAACACAACAGAAAUACAUUGAAUUGCAGUUGGGUAUAACAGAGACAAUUCAGAUAUAGUGGCAGUUAAAAAUAUAUAUUAAAUCUUGAUCACUAAAAUAUAACCUAAAAUUGUCAUUUAAAACCUUAAUCAUUUUGGUAAUACAGUUUGUUCCCUAAGUUUUAUGGCAGUUGCACAGAAUUUGGCCACCCUUAGCGUGAUCUCUAGAUCCUUGUCCUCUACCAGUAGUUUUAGACAUUGAAGUUCAGACCCAUUUGGAGAUUUUUGUAUAACAGGAGUGAUAAAUGCCGAGUGUAUAUCCCCGUAGAAACAGCAGCUUAACAAGACAUGCAAUGACAGUGUUAUCGCAAGCCCAUAUUAUGGCGGCCAGCUUUUAUGUCCCACUGCCUGACUGGGCAUGGAAACAGCCGAUACCCGAUCAGUCAGUGAUGCACUGCCCACCAGUGGGGCUUCUGAUUGGCCCAUUUGAUUUUCACUUUUUGGAGGGCAGUGCCACCCUUUGGCCCAGACGGCCAGGAAAAUACCCAGAUGACCAGCCAAAACUCAUGUGCUCUGGCGGCCAGGUAUGGUGGCUGAAUGUGAGGGGCCACAAUUGCUGCCCACCCAGGAAAGGAGUAAGUGGCCAUUAUGGGCACAAACCAGAAUUAAACAGUCUUAAUUUCCAUUGAUUUCAGGGGGGGAGAGAAACAAUCACAUACUUAGACAAUGGACAUGGAAAUAGCUUUUCAGUGACUGCACCUUAGCCCCACUAUUAUGCAUGGUUACCCUCUGAAUUUGCUUCUUUCAGAGGGUUGUGCAAAACCCAAUCAAUGAAAAAGAUAUUUGAAGUAAAAUAUUUUCUUUCCUGUUGCUCCUAGGUUCACUAAUAUACGAAAAAUUAGGCGAAAAGGCAUUUGGAUGGCCUGGAAAAAUGAGUGCUUUUGUUUCUCUUACGAUGCAGAACAUUGGAGGUGAGUGGGAAAUGUCUUUUUAAUGAGAGGGUUUAAAAUGACAGUAAUUUUCUUAUAAUAAAGAAAUGGGGGGGUGUCUGCUGUUGGUGCCACAGCAGCCCUUAGUGCUGCACCAUAGAAAUAAACUCUUAAUUAUGGUGCCCAAUACAGUAAUUACCAUACAAUGACAUUUCUGAAAGCUAUUUUUACACUCAUGUUAAUGCCCUAUAGAGAGAGGCCAGUGCAUGGCAUUCAUGAUCUACUUAAAAGCCUAAAUGCAAUAUACAAUGUAGGACACUUUCCUCUGUUAUAUUUGGCAGCCAAGGUUGUAGGCUUCCUAAUUUUGAUCCUUCAUAGCUUACAUUGGGCUGGGGAACCCUUUUUCUCCAAAGGGCCGCAUUUCUUCAUGGUGAACUUUCCAAAUGCCAGUGGCAAUGGAGCCCAAGGCCAAAGUGGGUGUGACUCUUCCCUUUGGCCUGAUUCUGACCUCAUUAAUCCUGUACAAUACUUAAAGCAUAAGCAGAGCAGUGAAAUGAAAUUACAGGAACCCAAAAUAUAAUGGGAAGUACUUUAUGUGCUGUGCGUUGCUAGCUUAUCAUUGUAUAGUAGUACCUCAGGUUACAGACGCUUCAGGUUACAGACGCUUCAGGUUACAGACUGCGCUAACCCAGAAAUAUUACCUCAGGUUAAGAACUUUGCUUCAGGAUGAGAACAGAAAUCGCACAAUGGCGGUGCUGCGGCAGCGGGAGGCCCCAUUAGCUAAAGUAGUACCUCAGUUUAAGAACAGUUUCAGGCUAAGAACUUGGACCUCCAGAACGAGUUAAGUUCGUAACCCAAGGUAUCACUCUAACAGCACAAAAUGUACUUCAGUUUUCUCAGGGAAUCAGAGCCCAGUGGCAUAGUGCGGUGGCCUGGGGGGGCAGGCACAUUUUUUUUGAGGGGGCACCAGGCACCCCCACAGCAGGAUCCCUCAUCGGAGCCUGAAUCGGUCCAACACCACCAGCCACAGCAGAGAAAGGAGAGUUGCCACAACACUGCUGCUCAUUAUCCUUAUCUGCGCUGCGGCACGCUGCCACCGGCAGCUCUACUCCCAAGUAAGGCUUGACCCGGGGGUGCAGCGGGCUCCUUUUGUGCCCUGUCCCCUUGUGGGGGUGCCCCACAUGCCUGCCCUGGGUGGAGCUAGCCUCCACUCUGCCUCUGUCAGAGCCAACCGAUAAUAUCCUUUGGAAGAGCCGAGUUCAGAGUAGUUGCGGAUGCUUCAGUGUUAAGAAACAAGGCACUGCGGUUUUAUCCUAACAAAGCAACAAUUAGAAUGAAAUACAGCUCCCUGUUUUUGAGUGCGAUGGGAAGGUUCGGUUUAUUCAAAAGCAAAUGAAGUUUUCUGACUCCUCCUUUUGCCCAAGCAUGGAAGGGAGGGAUGUGACAGCCCAUGCAGGCUGUGUAGAUUGUUAGGUCUGAACCAAGCCAUACGAAAGCAUCCUUAAUGACAGAGAAUAACAAUGUCAAAAUGAGCUGUAACUGUUCUGCUCAAAGGGUAAGAAAGCAUUUGGGCUUCUGGUUGUCACACAUAGGAAUGUAAGGGCCAUUGAAACGGGCGGGUAAUCCCAGCACCACUAUUACAAUGACGAUGAGAGACUUCGGAAGCAAGGGAGGAUGUUCCAGAGUUUAAAACUCAUAAUUUUCUGAAUGAAUGAUUUCCCCAUGUAAGCUGACAUGAACAGCAUUUCUGUUUAACUGAAAAUUUAAUGAUCUGAAUGUUUUGGAUACCGUUUUUCAGACCUUGUCAUCAUACUCUAUUCAUCCUUUCUCGUUUCAGCAAUGUCAAGCUACCUCUUCAUUAUUAAGUACGAACUUCCAGAAGUACUCAGAGCAUUUCUAGGGCUUGAAGAGAAUUCUGGGUAUGGGCUUGGUUACAUUUCUUUAAUUCAGCGAAGUCUCCUUAUAACCUCAACAGAUUUGAUUGAUACAUGGGUAUUCUGUCUUCUCAUUCUAGGGAAUGGUAUCUAAAUGGGAACUACCUUGUGAUAUUUGUGAGCAUUGGUGUGAUUCUUCCACUUUCACUUCUGAAGAAUUUAGGUAAACCAAUCAACUACCGUAUUAAAAUACGUCUAUAAUGACUUACCUCUAUCAAACUCUUAGAGUUGGUCGUCUAAUUUCACCUGUGGUUUAACUGUGCAUUCACUUUGUUGUUUUUGUAGGGUAUCUCGGUUAUACAAGUGGAUUUUCACUCACCUGCAUGGUAUUCUUCGUAAGUGUGGUAAGUAAUUAUAGGAAAUAGUGUAGCAACAUUUGCAGAACAAUGUGUGUAUGUGUAAUAUAUGUGUGAGUGGUAACAGUGUGCUUAUGGAGUGUGGACUGUGGCUCCAGCCAGGGGUGCUGUCAGAGACAUAUCACAUUCAGGGCACAGGGGCAAAUUGGUGCAAAUUUGUUACGCCUGCUGAUUGAAAUGUAUAGAUGCAAAUUUAGGAUUCUGAGCAAAUUGAAGAUAACUGGGGUCUCACCUGUAAACAAAGUUUUUUCACACACAAAAAAGGUUUAAAAGAAGGGGAAGAGAGAGGAGAUCUGGGACCUCAGAACAAAAAAAACAAGACUAAGCCUACACCAUAACUGUUGCAACCUAAGUUUGAGCCUGUGGUUUAGGAAGUGUGCUGAGUAGCCCAGAGUGAUAAAAACGAGAGAAGAUCACGGCGUGGCCUGGCCGUGUUGUGAAUGAGUUUAGAGAAGAAGCAGAGCAGGGUAACUCAACCACAAGAGGCAGAGCUGCAACAGUAGUCUCACCUCAGCAGUGUAGUUAGUUGUAGCUUACUUGGGGUGAGGGUAAGGGUUGAGGUGAUAGCCAAGUUGAGCGCUGCAUAGCACACUGGUGUCAGCACUGGAUUGCAGCCAGUGUGCCAUACUGCAGUGACCUCACCCCUUGUGAAUGGCAGUGAUGACGAUGCUGGAAUGCUAUUGCUGCAGCUCAGCCUCGCGGGGCAAGCAGCUCCUGGGAUUAACCAUGCUUCCAAGCUGCAAAGCAGACCUGUUAAGACAUCUCAGGCAGUAGACCAAAUAAGCAUAGGAACCAUUCAAAUUCAAAUCAAUGUCCUCUUCCAUUUACCUGUCUGCUUUCAUCAUCAUACACACACACACACAUCUUUAUGAUGCACACCUCUUUAGGAAACAGCAACCAAAAAAAACACCCCUUUCUUGUGAAAAUUUGACAGCUGCAUGCUUCAGAAUGUUUUCAUCUCACUCUCAGUUGAGUUUCUGUGGAGUAAGCAGGAUAAGUAUUGUAACCAUCUGCUGUCCAAAAGGACACUGGGGCACUGUAAUAUAUGCAAAAUGCCCAUGAACAAGAUGAAUAAGCUUUGCUACAGAAUCAAGGCUGUCGACCUGCAAGCCCUGCCCCCAAAUGAAAUCCUUAAAGCUCCCCAUAUUUUUUUGUUGCUGCUGCUGGAGAACAAAAAAAUAUCCCCUGGGGAUUUUGGUGCACAUGGCACAGAGUGUGGGGACUAGAGUGGCCCUUCAGAAUGAUCUAUGCUUUUUAGUGUGCAGAGCAGACCUUUGGAAUGCUUCUCUGGGACCUGAGCUCUGUGGUUUCUCCUGACAGUUCUGUUGUGCCAUGAAUUGAUCCCCACUUUAGUGACUGCAGGGAAUGAAUCACAGACAGCACAAGCAGGAAAACAGAAACAUCACCCAAUUAGAUAUAACUUUGUUAGAGAACAAUAGCAAUGUCUUGCAAAGGCAUUCAACGUUUCAACUUAUUAUUUGCCAUAUUCAGUCUCUUGAUAUAUAUGUAUAUUUGUAAUCUUACUUUAGGUCAUCUACAAGAAAUCCCAAAUACCGUGCCCUCUCCCAGUCUUGGGCAGCGGUGCUGGCAAUUGGUCCUACAACAGCACCACAGCUCCAUUGCAUGUCGUGAUGCUACCCAACGAUUCUGCCAAUUCCGAAGUAAACUUUAUGUUGGACAGCACCUACAAGCAGUAUUCCAGUUUUGAAGAAGCCAAAGAUAAGAUGCACCAGAGUGGAGUAGAAUAUGAAGCCCAUGGAGAGGACGAUGAGAAGUGUACCCCCAAAUAUUUUGUCUUUAACUCACGGGUAAGGCUCUCUUACGAUUUUGCUUCACAUAGAACUGCCUGCCUGCCGUUGCCCCUUGACUGAUAGAAUUUUAUUGCACAGAGUCAUUCUGGGAGUUGCAGAUUGCCCCAGUCAUUAUGCCAGUCUGAAGCAUUUACUGGGCUCCUCUUGAAGACCAAAGACCCCCUGGGUGUCUAUCUAGAUUGAGAUUAUUUGUCUCCUUUUAAUAAAUACUGAUUGGGACCUGCUGGUUAAGGCAGAUGGGAUGUCCAGCAACAUCUAGAGGGUGCAACAUUGGCUACCCUCAAGUCAGCAGUACACAGGGGAUGGUGGUGGCCAGUGGCUAUGCCAUCUCUUUGCUGCAUUUAUGAUUCCCCAAAUUUAUACACAAGAUAUCCUUUUGAUAAGCCAUUGCAUAGCGUUCCUUCAUUCGGUCCCCCUACUCAGGGCUUCCAUCUUGUCUAGACCUUUACCUGGAACAGCUGCAGUAUAAAGCCAGUCACUUUGCUCAGUAAACUGGUCCAGUGAGAUGUGGAAAAAACUAACCAGCAACUGGGAUCCUUGUUUUUUGUUUUAGACUGCCUAUACAAUACCAAUCCUGGCCUUCGCGUUUGUGUGCCACCCUGAAGUACUACCCAUAUACAGUGAACUGAAAAAGUAAGAUGGCUUCUCAUCAAUAUACUCUACUUAAAAUAGGCUCAUUAUUGAAACCUUCCCCCCUCCUUUUCUAAUUUUAGUUAAAAAUAUAUUAAUUGAUUUCCUACUAAUGAAUUAUUUUCCUCUAUUAAUUAUCCUCAUAUAUUUAUUGCUUUUGCUAUUAUCUUUCUAUUUUUAUAACCUUUAGUUCAGGGAUGAAGAAUCCCUGGCCCAAGGGCCAAAUUAAUUCUGCCAGGGGCUCAGUUUCCCCCAGUCAUGUCAUUAAGACAUUUGUUGGUGGUGGUUGGUGUAUGGACUACAACUCCCAUCAUCCUGACCUUUGGCCAUGCUGGCUGGGGCUGAUGGGAGAUGGAGUCCCACAGUUCCCCGCUCCUUCAAUAAGAGGAAUUGCUAUAAAGGGAAUUGCGGUAUACACAAAUACUUGAGCUGGUUAGUCUUUUCAAGAAAGUAAUGGCUUCUUCAUUCAUUACAUGCAUUUUUAAUUUAAUUUAUUUCAUUUUCCCAUUCAGUCGAUCACGAAAACGUAUGCAAAGCGUUGCCAAUGUCUCCAUCACUGGGAUGCUCGCCAUGUACCUCCUUGCUGCUCUGUUUGGCUACCUGACUUUCUACGGUGAGUCAAAACUCUCUCAGUAAUUGAGAUGGGCGCAAUUGCGGGCCGGAGUUCCUGCGCACAUGCUGAGAUCCAACAUUGGAAAUCCCAGGGACUGCUUCCCAGGCAGCAAAGGAAGCCUCUGACUCCACCCACUUUUGCCUAAUCAGCGAAUCACGAGUGGGCAUGGGCCACCAGGGAGCGGGGUCAGCCUGCCCCUCCAGUACGACACAUAGGCCCGUGGCUUGCCCUGCAGCUUUAGAGCAAGUUAGGCAACAAAAACAACUGCUAGUGUUUAACAUGGUUAAGCGUUAUUACUGAUAUGGGCCUCCCAAAGCUAAAUAAUUGUCUGGUCUGUCAAUUAUAACUUCUCAAAUUGCAAUCACGUGUGUCCGUGUGUCCAUAUAUGUCUAUGGCCCUGAGUGGACAUGAGAUUGCCUGAGAAAGCUGACUUUCUUCAUUUCCUUUUUGCAGGCGAAGUGGAGGAUGAGCUUCUUCAUACCUACACCAAAGUGUACACUUUUGACACCCUGCUUUUGAUGGUUCGCCUCGCUGUACUUGUGGCUGUGACCCUGACUGUGCCCAUAGUCCUCUUCCCUGUAAGUCAAGAGACUGUUAUUAAAUGAUCUUUGAGCAGCCCAUACCAGAGGACCUUUUACAGACUGGAUAUUGAACUGUUGCCAUGUAGCUGCUUUUCCAUGUUAUGGGGGAUCUUUUGAUCAGACCAGUCACGACCCUGGUUGAGUUUUUCGGGGGGGGGGAAUGAAACUCAAAGUUGUUGACACUAUUUUCUUGGAAAUUCAGGGUGUAUGGCCACCCUAUUUCUAGUCUGGACUUGUGAUUUAUCCCUUUUGCCCCCUAAACAUAACAUGUUAUGAAAGUAAUACCCAUCUGUCAAAGCCACUAAAAUCAAGUGUUAAUAAUUAUUCACAAACUGGGAGAGAGAUACACAAAAAAACCACCCCAAUUACAUUAAGAAGAAAUGCACCCGGUGUUUGUUUUUCCUUUUUACGUGGAUUUAGCCACUUUACACUUACCCACACAAACCUCUUUUUGAAAGAGCUUAUUAGAGAAUUUGAGGCAUCCUCAACUGCCUGGUAGUAGCAAAUCCUAUCUCUUCUUAAGCAUUUAAGGGGAAAUGGCAGAGGUGCAAGGAAAAGCCUCAGUGCCACUUUUGCUGUAGCUGUUGGUGACUUUGGGCUAUGUAUUUGUUGCUGUUGCUGUUCCCAAAGUAAUAAGCGCACAUGUGCUUUCUCCAGGGAGGUGACUAAGUAUGAAAGCAGAGGACAUUCAAGUCAGCAUGAAUUGUUGACGGAUCCCCAACAACGUGUGUUAGAGCCUCUCAGCUUGCACACUACAACAGCUAUCAGCUCCCCUGAGUUUCUCAAGUUACAGUUACACAAUGUCCUUAAAGGAAUAUUGCACUGCAAGGCUGAAGGCUUCAUUUUGUCUCAUGCUCAUAGGGUCCAGAUAAGCUAUGUAAUCUCCCCCUACCCUCCCCCCCCCCAAAUUCAGAGAGUAAUAAUAUAUUUCCCCAUGGAUCCAAAUGGCAUAAUGCCUCUGUAAGCCUUACAUUGUGAAGGUCAUUCUGAAGUGCCAGAAUCACUCCAAAAAAAAGCUCCAGGUAGUGUGGAGAAGUGGGAGGUGUAACAAGAUGUGGUGUGGGAUUUAGUCUUUCAUACACCCAUUCAUCCCUCUUCCAGAACACCAUCCCAUUCUCUUCUUUGGUUUUCCCUUCUCCACUAGAUAUUCAGAUUUUCUGUAACUACAGAGCACAUUUGAUUCUCACUGGGCUAUUCUGCUUUGGGUGUAUGUGGGAUUCCCCCCCCCCUUUUUUUUUUUUAGAAUCCCCCCUAAAAGUUUCUUAACUCCUUCAAACCUUGAAGUUCCCCUGAGCAGAAUACUACCUUCCUCCCGCACUUGGGUGGUGCAUUUUUGGCUAUAUAGGAGUUUGUUUACUCCCAAACAUUGGUACUAGAGGGAAUGUUUAUGGACAGGGUCAGAUUAAGACCUCUAGAGGCCCCAGAUACUGAAAAGAUUAUGGUGCCUUCCCCCAUAUCCUUCAAAAUAAAAAACAAGCCGGUUUUCUUCUUCCAAAAUGUCACAAAACUUACAUGUAUGCUGAAAUUGCAAAAUUCUGGAGAAGUUCCUCAGCAAAGCAUGUCUCCUUCCCUACACAACAGGGAAAGUGAAUCAAGUUUAUCCUGACACAUUGUUGUUCUCCGAGGGCCUUUUUUAGGCGGCAUAAAUAAUAUAAAGAGACAGAAAAAUGGGGGAAGUAUGUGUAGCAGAGGACAAGGAAGUCUAACAAACUUCUGAUUUUUCCGAUGAUGACUACUUUUGAAAUAUCAAUUGUCAAAUUCUUUUUUUUAAAAAAAACAAAAACAUUUUUGGAUGCUUUCCUGGUAAUUGGGUAAUCCAGCAUGGCUCUGAAUUGACCCUGAUCUGCUAGCCGUUGUUGCUGUCCUGUUGCACUUAGAGAUUUUUGCUUCUUCAGCUAUGCGAAGGACUUGGAGUGUAACCCUAUCCGCAGUUGCCAAGUGGGGCUGCCUUGACCUUUUACCUAGUUAUUAUCUCUGCAAGUACAAAAGCUGUAGGAAAGCUGUUCAGGUUUGGGUAGUUUGCAAGGUCAGGGUCAAACAAAACUGACAUAUCUCUGUCAUUUAUAGAUUGAAUGAUCGAGUGUACGAGUACUUACAUUGCACUUUAUUUUUCACUGAAAGCAAAAGCGUCUGCUUUUUUUAUAACCUACAAUAAUCUUGAGAAUGAGGAAAAAAAUCCCCCAUGUACUUAACCGUUACUGAGCUGAGAGGUUCAAAGGACUUUUGCAUGUUGCAUUUCUUUUUUACUAAAAAAAUAAAUAAAUAAGAAAGUAAACGUGUGCUAUUUUCUUCUAGUAGCAGAAACAUAUUUUCCUCAAAGUAUUUAUCUCCCAUUUACAUACUUUUUAUCAAUAUUUUGAAUUCUGCUGCAAAGUACACACAUUAGUCAUAUAACUAUAUUAGCAUUGUUGGUUUGUUUUAUUUAUGAAAAAGAUUUAUAUACUGCUGUAGCAUUAUAAAUAUCACAGUGGUUUACCACAAUAUGAAAAGAUAAAACCAAAUAAUAAAAUGAAAAGUUAAAAACAAGUUAAAAGCAAAAAGAAAUUAAAAAUAAACAUUGAUAGACCAUUGUGGGAGAUGUACUCUUAACUGCCUGCGUAAGCCUGGUGGAAUAGAAACAUUUUCAUCACUAAAAGGGAAUGCUUAUAAAGAUGAAGAGAAAGACAGGAUGCUUUUUUCUUUUUCUUUCUUUUUUGCUGCAAAAUUACCCAGCAUCAGUUCUAAAUUUAAGAAGAUAAAAUAUGCUGGUUAACAUUUUCUUUUCCUUUUUCUUUAACAGAUCCGUACUUCGGUUACUGCACUCUUGUUUCCCGGAAGGCCUUUCAGUUGGAUAAGACACUUUUUGAUUGCUGCAGCAAUCCUCGCCUUCAACAACGUCUUAGUUAUUUUUGUCCCUAGCAUUAGAGACAUCUUUGGAUUCAUAGGUAUGCUUUGGAACAAAAUCCUUACUUAUCUUACUAUGCCUCCGGGGGAAACAAAUCAUGUUUGUCGAAACACCUGUACUGUAGAAUUCAGUGCAGUAGGAGCAAAGAUGGCCAUACCAUUGGGCAGAGUGGGGCAGCUGCCUCAGACCACACAGACCCUGGGUUUGGGGGGUGGGGGCAAUGCUGACAACCUCCAGGCCGUUCCUUCUCAGUGCUUAGGCCAUCCCCCUCAGAUGAAAGACAGAGCUGUGUGUGCCACGUGGCCUUCUUCACAACCCCAUAACUAACACACACACCAAAAUCAGGCUGUUGGCAACCAAUAAAACGCUCCUUUUUGGAGGGUGAACACCACACUCUGAAAUCAGUUACCAGGUCUGAUAUGACAGAUUUCAGGAAACCAGCUUCAGGCAUGCCUUUUAGAACUAAAGCUUGCCUUCCGAUACACAAUUACUUGGAGGUGAGUCAUAUUGAACUUAAAGGUAAAGGCGAGAUGAGCGCUGCAACCUCAUAGUUGCCUUUGACUGGACUAACCAUCCAGGGGUCAUUUACCUUCCCUACCAUAUGGAACUUAUGCUUACGUCUUAAUAGACAGGCAUAGGAUCGAACUAUUAUAUAUAGUUUAAUGCUGCAAUUUUGUACACACUUACCUGUCAGUAGGUCCCAGUAAACUCAGGCCCCAUCUGCACUAUACAUUUAAAGCAGUUGUUGUUGGCCUCUGCCUUUCUGGCCAGCAUCCCAAGAUAUGUAAUGAAGGCGCCAGGUGAGCUUCCCUGAAGAGAGCAUUCCAGGGAGCUACCACAGAAAAGACUCGUUCUUGUGUUGCCAUCCACUGGGCCUCUCAUAGAGGUGGCCCAUGAAGAAGGACCUCAAAUGAUGAUCGCAGGGUCAUCAUAUGGAGACAGGUGGUCCUCUGUGGCUGCUGUCUCUUACUAAACAUUAACCAUUUAUUUGUGUCUUCUGCGUCAGGUGCCUCUGCUGCCACAAUGCUGAUCUUUAUUCUUCCUGCUGCUUUUUAUCUCCGGAUUGUCAAGAAAGAACCUUUCAGGUCCCCUCAGAAGAUCGGGGUAAGUAGAUUGGAAGCAAUCAGCGCCGCAGUUCAGUAUUGCCAAAUCAUAAACCCUUUCCCCCACUAAUAUGGGAUUUUCUUUUCUUUUUUCCUUCUCAAUUACAGGCUCUGGUUUUCCUGAUUGUUGGUGUGAUCUUUAUGAUUGGAAGCAUGACACUAAUUGUCCUGGACUGGAUUUACAACUCUCCAGGUUCCAAGCAGCAUUAAUCUGGAAGAAAAAUAGAAAAUAUUUGUUUUUUCUUUCGUGUUGGAAAUGAUUGAAUGCUAUCAUCCAAAACAAGAGGGAAAAAGACUUUUGACACAUAGAAGGGGACAUUGCUUCUAGUCAAUAACUGCAAAAUUCCAAAGACUUUUACUAGUAAUGCCACUAGGAGGAUCCUAUGGAAUAUUCAAGUGCCCUUUAAUAAGGGAUUGUUAUUUAUGCAUUAAAGCCUGUGCCAAACUUUUCUGGACCAGGAUAGAAUAAAAAAUGUGUAUAUAGUCCUUGAAACAGACUGUUACUGCUAUUGUUGUUUUGAUAACCACAGUUUCUAGAAUACGGAGACAAUGUAGUAGCUCAGAAGUUACCCUAGUGCCUUGUAAAAUUGUCUGUGGGUAUGGUUUAUUACAGAAUAUGUUGCACCCUAUUUCAAGAUAGAGGCUGGAAUAUUUGGGAGUUGUUCAAAAGCUAAGACCAUCAACAUCUCAAAACUGAGUGUGUGUAUAUAUGUAUGUAUAGUGUGUAUGCAUGUACAUAGACACAGAAGGGAAGAGAAAAUAAAAGCAACAAUUGUGUUGAAUGGUUAUUCAUAAAGUUAACAAGUACAGUCAAGUUGUGAGCACCAACCCUUUGUAAGUAUUUUACUUAUCAAGCAAUAAAUUAUAUGGACAGGUGAUCACAGAAGUGCUCUGUGUUGAAGGUGCACAAGUAUGGUCAGUUCUUGGCCAUCAUAACUUUCAGCAAUCUCCUUUUCCUGUUACAAAAACUGGCUGCCAUUGCUUUUGGUGGGGUGUAACUGUCCCAGCUCUCUCAGCAAGUGGCAGUUACUGUCAAUUACAAUCAACAACUAGCCACACCAAUAAGAUUGUGUCUUGCCCUAGGGGACCUUCAAAGCUUCUCCAAUUGGCAGUGAUGCCGCCAUUGUGAGCAUUAUAUGAAGUCUCUAUGCUCUUGUCAGGUAUUCCUGGUGGCCAUUGGAGGAUGAGUGGAACCCUUAACAAGAUGACAACAAUCUCAUAGCAAGCGCAUCUUAUCUUUGUCACUGUAGCUCACUUACUUGUUAGAGGGAGGCUGGUUCUGGUAGGAUCCCUGUUGUGAGCAAAAUAUUAUGCCUAUGCCAGCCGGAAACCUGAUCCUGCAAUUAUAAUUCUGUUUUGAAGACCUUCUAAGACAAGCUGGAUCUCUGUUUGCAUUUUGUCUGGGAGACAUGAACAGGAGAGGACUACCACACUCAGGUCCUGUUUGUGGCUUCCCGGAGGCAUCUAGUUGGCCUCUGUAUAAACAGAAUCCUAGACUAGAUGGGUUUUUGGUCUGAUCUACCAGAGCUCCACUGAAGUUCUUAAGUCUUCCACUAUAACUCAGAUGGGUGUAAGGAGAUCGCAAGGAAUGUGAAAAGCACACUUACCAGUAUUGUUAAAUGCAUUUUUGUUUGAUAAAUGGUCAGUGCAGGAAACAGUGAUCAUUGCUAUAUAUGUACUAUAUAAAUAUUUAUGUAUAUAAUCUUAUUCGCUAUUGAAUGUUGCUGUACGAUACAAUGUUUUGAUUUUUAUAUAUCUUAUUUGUGUAGUUGUUUUCACAGUCACAACCUUUAUACCAUUUUGAAAGCAGGGGAGGGAGGUUUUUUUCCGGAGGGGCUCACUUUACAUCUCAGUGUUUGGAAUUUAUCUAUGGAAGUCCAAAAGAUUACCCAAGUAGAAUAAGGCAGUCAAAUGUUACCAAAAUGGAUUAUUACAAUAAACUUCAAGAAUUCAGGGUUAUGACCUGCUUUUGUCAA